AUGGCCGUCAUGGCGCAGAAGACCGUGAUCCUCUACCCUUCUCUGGGAGUCGGCCAUCUGAACCCCAUGGUGGAGCUGGCCAAGGUCUUCCUCCGCCGCGGCCUAGCCGUCAUCAUCGCCGUCGUCGACAUGCCCGACAAGGACUCUGUGUCGGCUGAGGCGCUGGCUCGCCUCGCCGCCGCCAACCCGGACAUCGCGUUCCGCCUCCUCCCCGUCCCGUCCUGCGGCACGGAGCCUUGCUCUCACCCGAUCAUGCGCACCAUCGACGUGCUCCGCGUCGCCAACCCCGCGCUUCUGGGCUUCCUGCGCGCGCUCCCCGCUGUCGACGCCAUCGUGCUCGAUAUGUUCUGCAUGGACGCGCUCGACGUCGCCGCCGACCUCAACAUCCCGGCAUACAUCUUCUUCUCCUCCGCGCUAGGCGACCUCGCCAUCAUGCUCCACAUGCCGUACUACUACCCUACCGCCCCGUCCUCGUUCAAGGACAUGCCCAAGACCGUGCUGCACUUCCCUGGCGUGCCACCGAUCCGCGCGCUCGACAUGGGGACGGCGAUGCAGGACCGGGACAGCGACGUCGCCAAGGCACGCCUGUCCCAGUGCGCGCGCAUGCUCGAAGCGAGGGGCAUUCUCGUGAACAGCUUCGACUGGCUGGAGGCACGGGCCCUGGAAGCGCUGAGCCGUGGCCUCUGCACGCCGGGGAGCUCGGCUCCGCCAGUCCACUGCAUCGGGCCGCUGAUCCUUCCCGGAAACAGGGGAGGGGCCAGCGAGAGGCACGCGUGUCUGGAGUGGCUGGACGCCCAGCCGGACCAGAGCGUUGUUUUCCUCAGCUUCGGCAGCCUGGGGAGGUUCUCAGCGCCGCAGCUGAGAGAGAUAGCACGUGGGCUGGAGAACUCCGGGCAGAGGUUCCUGUGGGUCGUUCGGAACCCGCCUGAGCACCGGAGCAACUCCGUCGAGCCGGACCUGGAGUCGUUGCUUCCCGAGGGUUUCUUGGAGCGUACUAGGGAAAGGGGCUUCAUGGUGAAGAACUGGGCGCCGCAGAGCGAGGUGCUACGGCACCGAUCCAUCGCCGUGUUCGUGACGCAUUGUGGGUGGAACUCGGCGCUAGAGGGCAUCGCGUCUGGCGUGCCGAUGAUCUGCUGGCCGUUAUACGCGGAGCAGAAGAUGAAUAAGGUGCACAUGGUCGAGGAGAUAAAGGUUGGCGUGGUGAUGGAGGGGUACGAGGAGGAGCUGGUAAAGGCAGAGGAGGUGGAAGAAAAGGUGAGGCUGAUGAUGGCGCCUGGGUACGGCGACGGGAAGGAGCUUAGGCAGAGGCUCUUGACGGCCAAGGAGAUGACUGUAGAGGUUCUCAAGGAAGGUGGCUCAUCUGACGUGGCGUUCGACGCGUUCUUGACAGACUUGCUGAAGAACACCUGUACGGAUAAAAGUGGCUUCUGA